GUAAAAACAACCCUCGGAAAAGUAAUCCGCCUGUAUCCGCUUGCCGCUCUUGGCUGACCAUACGAGUUUCUCCCCAAUGGCGCCGAAGAAGGAUAAGGCUCCUCCACCGUCAUCUAAGCCGGCGAAAUCCGGAGGAGGCAAGCAGAAGAAGAAGAAGUGGAGCAAGGGAAAGCAGAAGGAGAAGGUGAACAACAUGGUGUCGUUUGACAAGGGCACGUACGACAAGCUGCUCUCCGAGGCGCCUAAAUUCAAACUCAUAACACCGUCUGUUCUCUCCGAUCGUCUCAGGAUUAAUGGGUCACUUGCAAGAAAGGCUAUUAGAGAGCUGAUGGCUGGAGGACUGAUAAGAAUGGUGUCAGCCCAUUCAAGCCAGCAGAUAUACACCAGAGCCACAAACACCUAGAUGGCUAUUGUUUUCAUCGAUUUGGUGAGCUUAAUGCAAUUUUUUUGUAUUAAACAACAUGCAUGCAUUUUUAGAUUUGAUGCUGAGAUGAGAAAAUUAUAAAAUUAUUUAUGUAAUUGCUAUCAAUCUUACUCCUAAAAUUACUUUGUUGGUAUUGAUGAACUAUAAAAGGUAGGCAGGUAUAAUUGCGAUGAAAGGCAAAAUGUAAUAGAUAGUUAUAUUAUUAGACUCUAAUUCCUGAGCCUAUAUUGAAUA